GUUGCUGAAAAAGUCUUGUCGCUGCCGUUACAGAAAGUCAGAUAACCACAGCGCCGUCAACUUAGUCAGCUCUUCGCAAGAGACAGGUUAAACCCAAAGCGAGCAAGUUCCCACAAAUAGCUGUAAUUAGCUAAAUCCACCCACCCGAAGAAUAUGGAUGACGACGUAUUGACUACUUUGAAACUAUUGAUUAUCGGCGAGAGUGGAGUUGGGAAGUCGAGUCUGCUGUUGAGGUUCACAGAAGACACAUUUGAUCCUGACCAAGCAGCCACUAUAGGUGUGGAUUUCAAAGUCAAGACCAUUGCAGUGGAUGGGAACAGAGCUAAGCUGGCUAUCUGGGACACGGCUGGACAGGAGAGAUUCAGGACCCUCACACCCAGCUACUACAGAGGGGCGCAGGGGGUCAUACUGGUGUAUGACGUGACUAAGCGGGACACCUUCACCAGGCUAGAGAACUGGCUGAACGAGCUGGAGACCUACUGCACACGCAACGAUCUGGUCAAGAUGCUGGUGGGCAACAAGAUCGACAUGGACAACCGGGAGGUAGACAGGAAUGAAGGCCUGAAAUUUGCCAGGAAACACUCCAUGUUGUUCAUAGAGGCCAGUGCUAAGACCAAGGACGGCGUGCAGUGUGCCUUCGAGGAGCUGGUGGAGAAGAUCCUCCAGACUCCAGGGCUGUGGCAGAGCGACACCCAGGGACAGGGCGUCCGGCUGGGGGACACACAGCAGCAGGCGGGGGGUGGCUGUGGAGGGUACUGCGCCAUACCCUAACUGGGGGGAAGGAACACUCGGAACUGGACUGGGCUGGGAACCGCAAAUGAGGAUGGAGGAGAGGAGGGAGGGAGGAGGAUAGACUGGUGAUGGGGCCUGAUGUCCUUCGGGGCGUGGCACUGAGGGACUCACUUCCUGUCAGUUGACGUGUCACAUGACAGCAUCACAUUUGACCCCCCCCCCCCCCCACACCUCCUGUCUUUGAAACUUGAUUGUUUUAAAAUGACAUUUUUCUUUUGGUGUGUACUGUAAUGGUAUCAUGUUCGAAAUUCUGCCGCUCACCUGUCUGAUAGCUUCCUCAUGUCCUCUUAACUAUUAACCAAGCCCUGGUCUGGGGAACAGCGCCACCUGGUGACAGCUGGGCCCCUCACCACGUUGGACAGACUCUGGAGGUACAUAGAUAGAAAAACACUAAAACUCAUAUCCGAUCAUGUCCGUUUGAGGGGUGGCUCCACAGAGCACGUAUGGGGAACAGCAGACCCAGGCAGGCUUAACAUGGGGCUUGGGGGAGGGAGGGGGGAUAGUUUUGCCUUAACUACGACUGUAGCGAUGGUUACCGUGGCGCCUGACAGUUGAUGGGAUGAAAAUUGAUAAAAGCAGGUCAGAGGUCACCGGACACUUUUAUCAGUCUUGAAGAGACAGGCGAGAUGGACGUGGGCUCCAGCACUGUGAAGGCAGGCACCCUGUCAGGUCAUGUGAUGUCGUGUCAGGUCAUGUGAUGUCGUGUCAGGACAUGUGAUGUCAUGUCAGGACAUGUGAUGUCAUGUCAGGACAUGUGAUGUCAUGUCAGGACAUGUGAUGUCCUGUGAUGUUCUAUAUGUCUGCCUGCAGGAACUUGUGCCUAUCAACCAACAUCACCACGGCAACCUGGCUUGUCAAUAACCACAUCUUUUUAAUAUUUUCGGUUCUUCUUAGUUUUCUUUGGUUAUGUUGUUUUUUCUGUCUGUUUAUACCACUGUUUUCUGUAGGCCUGUAAGUCACAUGCAUACUGGACGCAACCUGCGUCACACACACUCACGUGCAGUCCCCUGUCCAGACCCUUUACCCCGCUACAUUCUAGUUCCAGAGACGUGUCUGCUGCAUGUUUUCUGUCGGUGUUACAUGAGUUAUGUCAAGAUGACCCAGAGCUCCUAAUGAGUGUUUUGUGUUGCAGGAACUUUUAAAGUACAUCUUUGUCUUCCUGGA